CAGAGGAACAAAAAGAAAGCAAAAGCCAUGGAGGUGGCCAUGGAUGAAGCUAAUGACUUUUCCCGCUGCAACUUCUCCACCGCCGCCGCUAUGGACGACUAUUUUGCCUGCGCCUGGAACAACUGGGAACAAUCGGUCGCCGACGUGGGCCCCUUCUCUGCCUCAGCCGACGCCGACGACUUCCACGAUCUCGUGGAGUCCAUCGUGUUCGCCGAUGAUGUGGACUAUGACCCCUCCACCGGCCACUUCUCGUUGCCCCAGUCCCCUUCUUACAAUUCCAACACCAGCACUUGCACGCCUGUGGCAGAGGAGGAAGAACACAACGCCACAGCCACCGCCGGCGACGAUGCGAAAGGGUUACGGCUUGUCCACCUACUGGAAGCGGCGGCGGAGGCCCUCGGCGGCGUGCACAAGUGUCCGGACUUGGCCCGCGUGAUAUUGGUUCGGCUCAGGGAGUUGCUGGGGCGCGGCGGCGAGGGGACCAGCAUCGAACGCCUGGCGGGUCACUUCACCGACGCCUUACAAGGCCUCCUCGACGGCGGCCGUACGUCGCUCCGCGAUGGUGGCCAGCACAACCAUAACAAUAAGAUGGAGGUGCUGACAGCGUUCCAGCUGCUUCAGGACAUGUCCCCCUACACAAAGUUCGGCCACUUCACAGCCAACCAGGCCAUCCUCGAGGCCACCGCCGGCGAUCGGCGCAUCCACGUCGUCGACUUCGAAAUUGCGGAGGGCGUGCAGUGGGCAUCUCUGAUGCAGGCCCUCGCGUCGCGACCCGGCACGUCGUCGCCGCACCUACGCAUUACCGCCAUGAUCCGGAGCGGCGGGAGCCGCUCUGCCCAAGAGACCGGCCGCCUUCUGGCGGCGUACGCUGCGUCACUGGGGCAACCUUUCUCGUUCUCGCAGUGCCGGCUCGAGGCCAACAGCGAGCGGUUCCGCGCUGCGGGCGUGAAGGUGGUGAAGGGAGAGGCGUUGGUGAUGAACUGCGUGCUGCACCCGACAACGACAGCCGCGAGGCGACGGACAACAGGUUCGGUGGCGUCAUUCCUCUCGGGGUCUGUGGAUCUGGGAGCGAGGGUGGUAACUCUGGUGGAGGAGGAGGUUGGGGAGGGGGAGGAAGCAGAGCAAGAGCAAGGAAGGGGGUUCGUUGGGCGCUUCAUGGCGGAGUUGGGCCGGUACUCGGCGGUCUGGGAUUCUCUGGAAGCCGAGUUUCCAAUGCAGGGCCAGGCGAGGGCGGUGGUGGAGCGGGUCAUCCUCGGGCCGAGGAUCGCCGGAGCAAUUGGCCACGCAUACAGGGCGGAGGAAGAGGAAGGCGGCCAGGUAGAAAGUUGGGGAGAGUGGAUGACUGCCAUGGGGUUUGGCAAGGUAAGCAUCAGCUGCUUCAACCAUAGCCAGGCCAAACUGCUCCUGGGACUCUUCAAAGGCGGCUACAAGGUGGAGGAGACGGCCACGAACAAGCUAGUGUUGGGGUGGAAGACGAGAAGGCUGCUCUCCGCUUCUGUGUGGAAGCCUCCAUCGCCUGUUCUUCUUCCUGUAAUCGAUAGCUUUGAGGAUUCAGAUUUCUUGUUCGAUUGAAUGAUUCCUACUGUUUUCGAUACGUAGAGUGUUGCUGUAGUCUCGAUCCUUUCUAAAGUUUGUCCCAAUCUUUGGCUUCGUUUACAUAUCCGAGUUAGAAUCCAAGUUAGCGGCUCGUAC